AUGGCAUUAUCGCAGAGUCAGGCAGCAUUCAAUUUGCCCACCCCCAACCGCUUCAUUACCGACCUCAAUUCCAACGGUCUCGCUGUUUUCGACACCAGCGUCCCCGAAGUCCUCCCAACUGAAGCCGCUGGCCCCAUGGCAAACCACUUCGCCUACGCCACGGAGACUUUUCCGGCUGAUUUCACAAACAAAUCUGACCUUGCCGCAUAUUCAUCUAUGCUGUCUGCUCCCCCAGGAAUCUUUAUCGCCACUGGUUCUGUCCUACGUAUUGUAGAUAUGCAGCCAGGUGGCGAGACUCCGCUCCAUCAAACCGAUAGUCUUGACUAUGGUGUCGUGCUGGAAGGAGAGGUGGAAUUAGAGUUAGAUUCUGGAGAGACUAGGACUCUGAAGAGGGGCGACGUCUCCGUGCAAAGGGCAACGAAUCAUCUAUGGAGGAACUUGAAAAAGACGGAGCCCUCCCGUAUGUUGUUUGUUUCUCUCGGUGCAAAGCCUGAUGGGGCACUCGAAAAAAGUUGA